AUGUCAAACAGAGCAGAUCAUGCUGGCAGCGAUAGCCUGUCAUACAACGCUUCGACUACAUACACCAACAACCAAGCACCUCUUCAACAAACGACCGUUUUGACUUUAUCUACAUCCAAAAAUAAGACCACCAUGGAUCAAGCAGCUUUGGGAAGCUCCUCUCUCUCCACCGCAACUGGUGGUUUGCAUGCUUCGGCCAGGUCUGUUACGACUAAUCCUUCGGUCCAACAAUCAUCCUCAAACCCCAGGCAACCACGUUCUGACUUGGAUGGUGACAAUCUAUCCGAGCCUUCCACAAAGACAGGAUCAGAGAUACCCGCCGCAUCAGCAUCGAGCCAUGCCAUGGAUUGUAGGGCUGGGCGAGCAUCAAAGCGUAUCAGGACAGAUAUUGGAGAUGCGGAUAUAUCACCAGUGCGUAAGAAGAUUGCAAGAAAUCCCAGGGUCGAUGUAGUCAUGUCAGUCACGAAGUCACCGCCCCAGGCAAAAGCACCGACCAACAUGAGCAACGACAAUCAAGAUGCGUCAGAAAGUGAUGAGUCUCCGGUCAGACCCGAAAUCCAGGCCACGGCCACGCCAGCUGAGUUGGUAGCUCCAACACACAAAUCGAAACCAGAGUCAACGACUGCGCCGAUGAAACCGAUCACCAUCGCUGGUCGUUGUCGCGCUUGCGACACUUGCAGAAGACGUAAAGUGAAAUGUAAACACAAAAUCGCUGAGGAAGGGAUCGAUGACAACGCCAAUUUCAAAAGAAAGACAACCCCGAAAAACUCCACGGCUAAGACGUCGAAAAGAAGAAAGCGUGUGCAAACUGAUGGGUCAGACGGGCCAGCAAGCCUUGGAGCAGCGGCUCCGAAUGCGGAAGCUCAAGGGGGGCAAAUGGAUGAUGCGAAUGAUCACGGACAAGAAGUCGAGGAAGAGGUACCUAAGGAGACUAAAGCAAAGAAGAGAGCUGCGCCAAAGAAAGCCGAAGCUCCGCCAGCACGCAUCAGCACACGUAACCGUAACGCUCCAGAGCGCUUUGGAGACCUUGAAGAGCAUCCAUCCGCCAAGGCAACCCCACUAAAGAAAACCACCAAAAGGGUUUUUGACCCUGUCUACAUUACCACAAACUCUACCAGUCGUCUCGGCAAAGCAGACAUGCAUCGCAUGCUUCUUUCAGAUGCUGCGUGGACCAGCCUGUCAGCUGAGCAGCAAGUGACACUUGUCUCCAUGCUCCCUAAUACCUCUGAACAUCAACAACUCAUAACGAGGAUCGAGGCAGGCGAGACAGAAGACACCAGACCGUGGGCUUUCACACUGUCCAACGACUGUUUCAGGACCGAUGUUGCCAAAUUCAAGGAGGACUUGAAGAACGGCCAUCUGGCAAAGACAUGGCAAGCCGCUGCCGAACAAGCUGUCAUCGAGCGCGCAGCGGGCGAGUAUGACGCAUGGAAGGCUGAGGAAGCAGAACUGUGGUGGGGUCAGAAGGGCAAAUGA